UUACCUUUAUUAUUGCCCCAUCUUACGCGCGAUUACCAUCCUUGUCUUAAUUUUGAGGUCUAGAAUUUCUUCGUCUUAAAUUUGAGGAUACCAAAGCAGAGAGUAAGGUUUGGGAUCUGAAACUGCAGAUUAGUUCCUGCCGUCAGAUGGUUCUUGGUAGAUGUAAUCUUAGUUAGUGCCUGCCCCCAAGAUGGAGUAGUAAAGUAGACCUAGCUUAGCAGAUCUCAAGGAAAGUAUUACACUACAAUUACCACUAACUAAUUGUUGCAGCAUGUUAAUCCAUGGCACAGGCUUGUGUUUAUCGUCGUCCCUUAAGAAAAGAUCUCGGUUAGAUACAAAAAUUAUUUACGCGGUUUGACACUAUAGUUAACUAAAGCUACAAAUUCGGCCAAGCCGUGCUGAUCUCGGUCUCAAUCACAUCCACGGCAAUCCAUUCUAAAUUCUUCACAUGGACAUAUAUGUUGGCCAAAAGUACGUAUAUACUUGAGGGGAGGACGGACACUGUCAUGCUAAUUAAUUUGCAUUUUGGUGGUUGUAUGCAUCUUGAGAUUCACAGGGUGAUAAAAUAGUAUGUUAUCAUCGGGAAGGAGAUAUGUAUUCCUCAGCCUUGAUCAGAGCUAUCUUUUGACGCGUGGAUCUGACAAUAAUACUUUGUGCUUACAAAAGGUCCUACUUAACAAGGGCUAGUUGAGCUGACGGAUCAUGACCAUCGGGGCAGGAACUUCCGUUCAGAUCCAAAUCUAGCCAAUGCCACUUCAUAAACUAUUCAGUGGUAACAAAGAGUAAAAAGAGUAAGCAAGCUUAACAACCUGACAGCUAGCCCACGUUCAGUAAUUAGUUAAUUAGCUCUGUCCAGUGCAGCUGUCAGCAAGUUUUGUUACGUUUAAGUUUUAGAUAAUGACAAGAUGGCAUGGAAUCACUGCAAUGUGUUAUACACAUGCACCCCAGAACGCUGUGAUAUAUUUGCUCAACCCAAUAUUAAGAUGAGAACUGAAGAUUAAGCAAUUAGGUAGUUUCCCUUCCGUUCAUAUCCAACAGAAGCCCCGUCUUCCUCUUCACCAGGAUUGAGUUGCUCUAUCCCGAGCUGAAUGAGCAGGACAUCCAGCCAUCUCAAACGUUGGUUCUCACCAGGAUUAAUUGGGGUGGAUGGCUCACGCGGCUUUUCAAAACCUAUUAGGUUGUAGUCUGGCUUGCAGAAGAUUGGUCAUGUGCAGUUUCUUUACUCAAGCCUUGGAUAAAAAUUGAGAUGCAAAAGAUGAAGCUAUAGGCAAGGAUUUCAAUGUAGUUUGAUGAAAGUUUCAGUUUUGUCAGCUAUUUUCAUUUUUGUGUGUGUUCUGGUUUCUUCGAUAUAGCAUAUUCUUUUAGUUAAUGAAUAAAGUCAGAUCAUUCCGAAACAAAUAAAAAAGAGAGGAUAGGGACGCUGGUGGUGGUGGUUGGGGGAGGUGCAUUUGGCCAGAAAGUCGUCAGUUGGUGGGACGCACGUACUGUUAAACUCAUUUAGUUCAGAAAAUUAGUGUACCCUUGCAGCUCUUGAUUCUUUUUCAUGAGUAGCAUAUAGAAUGUCAACUUGGUUGAGCACAUUGAUUAUAACUUGGUUUAGACUUAAGAGACCUCUGAGGAUUUUUCACCACAUGACCACCUAAACACUCAGAGAAACAGGGCAACCAAGAAUACACGUGCAUACACCAGAUCCAUUUGAAACUCUGCUCGAGUUCUCGGACGUGAUCCCAGAUCCACCAUGGCAGAGGGUGUUGUAGCGUUGCUGAUUGCCAAGCUUGGUUUUGCCUUGGCAAAAGAGGCAGCAACCUUUGGUGCAUCGCUGCUAUGCAAGGAAGCAUCUGCACUCAAGGGUCUCUUCGGCGAGAUCCGUGAGGCCAAGGAGGAGCUGGAGAGCAUGCAGGCCUAUCUCCAGGGGGCGGAGCGGUUCAAGGACACCGAUGAGACCACCGGCAUCUUCGUCAACAAGGUUAGGGGCUUCGCCUUCGAGAUCGAGGAUGUGGUCGACGAGUUCACCUACAAGCUGGAAGACACCCAUGGGGGAUUCACGACCAAGAUGAAGAAGAUGGUCAAGCACAUCAAGGCAUGGCGCCGUCUGACACUCAAGCUCCAAGAUAUUAAGGGCAGGCUUCAGGGUGCAGAUAGGAGAAAGGUCCGCUACGACAUGAGAGGGAUUGAUAGAGGGGGCUGCAACAAUGUUCAGUCAAGAUCUGCUGACCAUUCUCUGAAUCCUCCUAGGGAAGAGGAUCUUGUGGGUAUUGAGGAGAACAAGGACAAGCUGAUGCACUGGCUGGUGGGUGAUUUGGAGGAGCAGGGGAGCAAGAUUGCAACUAUUUGGGGAAUGGGAGGUGUGGGUAAGACCACUUUGGUUCAUCAUGUGUACAAGGCCGUGAAGAUGGACUUUGCUAAAUAUGCGUGGAUAACAGUAUCAAGUAGCUACCAAGUUGAAGACUUGUUGAGACAGAUAGCAACUGAACUCGGUGUCGCAAUUGGCCUCGCGGACGCAAACAGGAACCUGGUUGAGGUAAUCCACAAUCAUCUGCAAGGUUCAGAAUAUCUCAUAGUUCUGGAUGAUGUUUGGCAUUUGGAUGUUUGGUUUAAGGUAAGGAAUGCAUUUCCUACAGAAAGCACUAGUCGAUUUGUCAUCACCACUAGAAUCCAGGAGGUGGCAUUGCUGGCAACAAAAAACUGUACAAUCAAAUUGGAACCAUUAGAAAGACAUCAUGCAUGGCAGUUAUUUUGCAAUGAAGCCUUUUGGAACAAUGAGAAAAAAACAUGCCCAGAUGAACUACAAAUUUUAGCUCAAAUGUUUCUGGAUAAGUGUGGUGGCUUGCCCAUUGCUAUUGCUUGUGUAGGCCGCUUGUUGUCAUGCAGGCAUCCAACAUACUCUGAAUGGAAAAGUUUAUACAAGGAGUUAGAGUUGCAGCUCAGUAAUAAUGUGAUCCUCGAUGUUAAUGCUGUUCUGAAAGUCAGCUUGGAGGACCUUCCAACUGAUCUGAAGAACUGUUUUCUGUACUGCACAAUGUUUCCAGAGGAUUAUCUGUUCCAAAGAAGACAGGUAAUGAGGCAUUGGAUAGCAUCUGGAUUCAUUAAAGAAGCAGGGAACAAAACAUUGGAUGAAGUGGCAGAGGGUUACCUGAACAAACUUGUAAACAGAAGCCUACUGCAGGUGGUCGAGCGGAACCGGGCUGGCCAAGUUUAUAGGUGCCGAAUGCAUGACAUUCUCCGUGUUUUAGCUCUCACUAAAUCAGAAGAGGAAUCCUUUUGUCAUGUUUACAAUGGCUUAACGCCUUUUUCGACCAAGAAGACGCGUCGUCUGUCAAUUCAGAGUACAAACGUGGAACAAUUGGCCCCGUUGCUGUGUGCAACAAGUCUCCGCUCUCUGCAUGUUUUUGAGAGUCAUCUGAGAAUUGAUUCUCUAGAGGCUUUCCUCAAACCUUUCAACUUACUGUCAACAUUGGAUCUGCAGGGAGUUCAAAUCAAGAGACUACCCAAGAUUGUCUUCAACUUGUUUAAUCUCCGCUUUCUAGGUCUUCGAGAUACUCAUAUUGAGUAUCUCCCAAAAGAAAUAGGAAGGUUACAGAACCUGGAAGUCCUUGAUGCUUACAAUUCUAUGCUAUCGGCGCUUCCAGUGCAAGUAGCCACACUUCGGAAAUUGAAAUACCUGUAUGUGGUUACUAUUCCAGCUGGAGCUGACGAGAGAGUUCUUACUUUUGAAGGGAUCCAGGUGCCUAAGGGUAUCGGCAAUUUGACCGACUUGCUGGCCCUGCAACUUAUCGAAGCUAGCAGUGAGGUUCUGUUUCAGCUAGGAUAUUUGACCAAGAUGAGAAGUUUUUCUAUCACUAAAGUUAGGAGUGGUCAUUGGGCAGAUUUGUGUGGGGCCAUCGCGAAAAUGGUUCAUCUUGUUCAUGUAACAAUCCAUUCACUUGAUCAAAGGGAAGUUCUGCAGCUGGAAUCACUAUGCUUACCACCAACAGUUUCGGAAGUUGUAAUAUAUGCGCAGCUGGACCAAAGAGUUCUACCUCAGUUCGUCUCAUCCAGUUCAAAACUCAUUAACCUCACUGGUUUACAUUUGGGUUGGUCCAAAUUAGAUGAAAACUCUUUUGCGUGCCUCUUGGGUUUGCAUGGCUUAGUUACACUUGUCCUUAAUAAGGCUUAUGAUGGAAAGGAGCUGAACUUUCCUGCAACAUCACUUCCAAAACUCAAAUAUUUACGGAUAUGGGAUGCUCCAAAUCUCAGCAGAGUUACAAUUAAACAACGUGCGAUGCAAAAUAUUGUUCAACUAAUUCUCACUGACUGUCCAGAAUUGAAACAUCUUCCUCAUGGCAUCGAGCAUCUUAGUACCCUCGAGUACCUGAAGCUGUGCGAUAUUUCCGAAGAGCUGACACGGAAGCUUCAGCUAAAUGAGGAAUCAAAGGAAUGCAAUGAAGAUUGGAUGAAAAUUAGCCAUGUGAGAUGGGUUGACUUUAAUUAGGUGUAGUGAGUGCAGGCAGGGGUUUCUAGUUGGAGAUGCAACGUUUGUAGUGUGCUAUACCUUUUCCAGUUUGAAAUGGUGAAGUACUUCUCCUUUAUUAGUGUUUUGAUCUUUGUUGGUGAUGCCACAUCCAUUUUCCCCUUGCUUUCUCGAGUGAACUUAUUUCUACACAGUUGGUCAUCUAGCUUCAUCUUGUUAUUUGAUGAUGUCAUGUGGGCGGUAUGUAGAACUUUCAUUUUACCGUCAUCUCAACAAUUAACCCAGUUUUAAAUUCAAGUUUCCUGUACUCAAAUUCCAAUUAACAGUUUCGUUAACCAAAUAUGUGCGCUUGACUGUACAGUGGUAGGUUUCCGUAUACCUUGAUGUGUUUGCUUCCUUAGGUUCAUGUUCACAAGGCAACAAAUAAGGUUCCAGGGUGAAGAUGUGAAUUAAUGUGUGCAUGAAGAUCCGUUUGUGAUAUUAAGAAUCAUUUGGCUCCAUAUAUAUGUAUGUGCAUCCUUUGAUGCAUAAUGCAAGCAAGUAAUUCAGUUGCAGCCAUGGAAUGGUCCAUCGAGAAUGAAAAACAAAACAAAACUAGAGAGUCCAAACGGAAAAGCAUCUCAUACAAAAGAGGGGCCAACAGCACUACUGAAAUUUCUGACCUCAAAAGCCCAGUAUUGUUUCCUUUUAGCUCUGUAUGUGAGCCAAUGCAGAUCUAUUCCCUAUACUGGUGUUCUUGUCGGCAGUAAAAAAUAUUUUUUUGUUUAUAUUAGUAUGUCAGAAUGCUAUGUAGCACCUCCUAUUUAGUCAGGCUACUGCAACAACAUAUUGAUGAUUUUGCAUGAUGACACGUUACUAUUUUUCCUGUACACGCUGUUAAAAAAAAGGGUGUUGGU